AUGGAGUCUGGGCCCUCUCCUCUCCUCUGCCUCCUCUUGAUCCUGCUGCCCUCCUAUAGCCAGACUGAGGCUGCGCCCCCUUGGCACCGAAGGUUUGAAUACAAAUUCAGUUUCAAAGGGCCGAGACUGGCGAUCACCGGGCAAGAGAUCCCCUUCUGGAGCCACCACGGAGAUGCCAUUCCUGGGAUGGAGGAGGUGAGACUGGCCCCAUCUAUGAGGAACAAGAGUGGAGCCAUGUGGACCCAGGCUGCCAUCCCCUUUCCCAACUGGGAGGUGGAAGUGGCCUUCCGUGUAUCCGGGCCGGGCCACCUGGGAGCUGAAGGGAUGGCGGUGUGGUACACCCGGGACAGAGGCCAGAGCGGCCCAGCCCUGGGCGCUCCUGCGCUCUGGGAUGGCGUCGGGAUCCUCUUUGAUUCUUUUGACAAUGACGCUCAGAACAACCCUGUCAUUCAGAUUUUGGCAAAUGACGGCCAAGUUCCAUAUGACCACCUCAGGGAUGGAGGGGGCCAGGUGCUGGGUUCAUGUCUUUGGGACUUCCGGAACCGACCAUACCCAUUCCGAGCUAGAAUUAGCUACUGGGAGGAGAAGCUUCGGGUAUUUGUGAGCAAUGGCUUCACCACCCAAGGGGCAAUAGAUGAGGUCUGCGCUGAAGUAGGGCCCCUUUUUCUGCCCCCUGAAGGCUACUUUGGGGUCUCAGCAGCCACUGGUACCCUAGCAGAUGACCACGAUAUCUUGUCUUUCUUGACCUUCAGCCUGAGCAAGCCAGCUCCAGAGGCUCCCCACCAUGUCAUUCCUGAAUCUGAGGAACAGAGGCUCAAGCAUCAGCUGCAGGAUGUGCAGAAGGAGCUCAAACACCAAAAGGAAACUUCUCCAAAGCCAGACUUGGCCAACUCCUACUGGGAAGAAGGGUACCUUGACCUAGAGCCAACUCUCAAGAGACACAGCCAGGUCCUGGCAGAGCUACAGGACCUGUCAGGGAAGGUGACUCAGACUCUGGGACAGUGGAGAGGUCAGAUGCAGUCCCUGAGACACUUGGACAAGGAGAUGCGGGAGACUGAUGGCGCCCCAGCAAGCGGCUGGAAUUCCGCCUCUAUGAGGGUCCUGCUCCAUGGGCAACAGACUUUGCUUCAGAACAUGCAGGAGAUGAGGGCUGUCGCCGCCGGCAUCGCCUCCAGGGCCAAAGCGUCCGCCCUGCCUGUGGGCACAGAGCAUCACUUCCAGGAGCUGCACCAGACCUUGGCCCUGCUGCAAAGAGAUGUAGAAAGCUUGCUUCACCUGCCAGGGAAUUAG